AUGGCGUGUGCAUCACAGUCUGCCUUAAAUUAUCUUAAGUCUGCCAGGCGCCACCUGGUGGGAGGAUUAAAGAAUCUCUCAGUGAUUGUGGAGAACUUGCAUCAGCAAAAGGUUUUCACUGAUGAAGAAGUCUGUAAGAUACAGACAGAGAAAGAUGACUGGGAUAAAACCAGGGCAAUACUGGACUCAGUCACAAAGAAAGGGGAAGCAGCCUGUGAAGUGUUACUCAGGAUUAUCGACAUGACAAGGAUGAGGAGUUUAGAGAGGAUAUCUCCUUUCCCUGAGGAGACAACUGAAUCCUCUACCGAGCCCAAACAGUUUGACCUGAACCACUGGAUCAGCUGCUUUCCUUUCGAAGAAGAUACACAGAUGUAUGGAGGCUGUUUACAAGGUAUCCUUGAACUACAUUCUGAUCAGUAUUGACUAAAGUCUUUACUCUAUGUGACGACGUUAACGUGUCAGUGCACAAAUGGAGGAUAAAGUUACAUCACUUUAUUGGGUAUUUAUUCUCUCACUGUUGUUUCUGUUGUAGGUCCAAGACCAUGCCACAUGUAUCAGGAGAAGUUAAUGGAAAGAGUGCAAAAAAAGGUUAAGGAAUUUUGGAUGAGAAACGAAAAACUGCUCUGCGUGAACCACAAGUCUGAUCUAUCAUACAGUCCGCUGGUCUUGAACACACAAGGAAGUGGAUCACCAUCCAAAAUAAAGAAAUUUAAGAUCAAGAAAAGCAAGAUGAGCCGCCCUAAAAAGCUCAGAAUGUACAUACCUGAAGACGAAUCCAAAGUAUCUCCAAGUGACCUGCUGAAAACAAACAAAAACAUCCUCUUGGUUGGUAAGCCUGGAAUUGGAAAGACAGCUCUCUGUCAUGAAAUCCUGAAGCUCUGGGUAGAAAAGAAGAGUGAGAAGCUGGAUUAUAUGUUUUACUUUGACAUGAGAGAAAGAUCCCACGUCACAGGUGUGAUGAGCUUAGAGGAACUCCUUUUCAGUGUGUACUGUGAACCAGAUGAUGGCAAAGACAAGGUGCUGCAGGACAUAAAGCAGUACUCAGACAACGUGACCGUAAUUUUCGAUGGAAUCACAGAUCUCACCUGUUCGGUGGUCAAACAUAUUGUUGAGAAGGACCUCCCUAACGCUAAAGUCAUCAUCACCUGCAGACCAGAUGAUGAGGAAGAUUUCUUCUAUGGAGACUUUCUCAGAGUUGAAGUGAAAGGCUUUAGUGAACAGACCAUCAAAUUAUACCUCUUACCAAUUCUUGGCGAGGAACACAAGAAGAUUAUGUGUGACUUGGAGUUGUUGACUCUUUGUCAUGUCCCAGUGUACGCACUGAUGGUGGCUGCCUGUCUUUUAUCUAAGACACCUGAAGACUUGCCACAGCCGCACAGCAAAACUGAAAUAAAUAUCAACAUUGUCCGUUUUUGCCUUCAAGUGAGCAGCAGUAAAACAAAAAAGUACCUCAACUCCUUCAUCCAAGAGAAGAAAAUGGAAAUCCUGUCUUUGGCUGAGCUUGCUUUUCAUGCAACUGAAAGAAAAACUGUGAGCUUGACGAACCUUCACUGCGAAGACCGCUGUGUCCUUUCCUUUCUGAAACCUCUUGUUGUCCAAGUGGCUCCCACUGAAACAAAAACAACACAUGCAUUUCUCCAUUACACAGUGCAGGAGUUUUUUGCAGCUUUGUGGCUCUUGAAGAACCCUAAUGAAAUCAAGGGUGUUUUACAGCAAUGCCUCAAAGAGGAGCAGCAACACAUGAAACACCUGAUCCCUUUCAUGUGUAGACUGCUGACUGAGAAGAGCCCCAGCUUGAUGGAGCACCUGAUUCCUGCUCAGGAGUUAAAAAAUACAUCAAACUGGUUCUUCAAGGCAUUGAUAGACAGCGGGUUUGAUGACGACAUACGAUUCUUGUGUGAGUGCUUGUACGAGUCGCAUUGUCCUGAAGCAGGCGUCUACUUGCUAAAAAGACUGAACUACCAUCUUGAUCUCAGUGGUGAGAGUUUGGAUCCCUAUCUUUGCUGCGCUGUGGCCAAUGUGGUUGCUCUGUCGAGGGAGAGGAAAGUGAGCCUGGACCUUGAGGGUGUUUCUGUGUCAGAACAAGGAGUGAGAAGACUGCUUGGCUGCCUUGAUAAUGUCCAAUGGUAUGGGUUUAACAUGUCACGAUGCUGCUCAGUUUAAAACAUACAGAGGAAGGUAAAAUGAAAUGAGCCAUGACUGUACUGAGCAUAAAAAUGUAGAUGUUAAAAUGUGAUGAAAAUUGAAUCAGCUCUUUUUUUCCUCCUCUAUGUUCCCAUCACUAAUUAUUCUUUGAAUCACAGGAGCGACCCUCUGCCACAACAGCUGUGGGAGAUCAUCCUUCUCAGCGAGGAGCAGCUUGAAAGCGUCACUUUGCUCAGCUGUGAUGGACAUCAGUUGCACCUUCCACUUCAGGGUAAAAGACAACUUUUUGAAAGAGCAGUGAGUGUCAUACAGAAGAACCCAAUGAAAGUGAAUGUUUGCCUUCACUGGGACAGUGGAGAAACUGCUGUCAGCCGAAAUCUAAGCAAGUCUCUCCUUGAGGCUCUGCACUACAUAAAAUCGCUCAGGUAUGCAGCCUGAAACUGAAAAGUGUAAUUAAAAAAGACAAUUACUAAAAGUGACAUAAGAAAUCAGAUAGUUUUACAGUCAAUAAGUACAAAAUUCUGUGUUUUUUUUUCCAUAAAGCUUCAGCAUUAACAACAUGGGUCCAGGGCAACAGGAAAAGGAGCAAAGCCAUGAGAUGUGGGAGAAGGAAAAAAUGAAGCUGUUACUGGAUUUAUGCCGGAAAGCAGCACUUUACAGAGAACUGAGCUUUCAUAGUAUUGUGAAUCGGCUGAUCUCAUUGUUUUCUGUUGACAAUGUGCAUCAUCUUCUCCUUGAUUUUCAUCAGCAUGUCAAGAGCACAAAGUGUUUCAGUGUCAUUCCAAAACUGAAGGCACUUUAUGAGUCAGCUCCUUCAGUCUGGUCCAUAGACCUCUCUAAGAGAAAAACCUCCAUCCUCCUGGAAGUGCUGAAACUCCAAACUGAGAGGAAACACGUGAAACUGAAAGGUUAUCCAGAUGAGAGUGAAGUGAAGAUUUUCCUUCAGUGUCUGCCUCACAUCUCCGACCUCAGGUAAAUGAAAUUUUUCUGACACAUCAGUGUUCACCUGUUGGGAUGUCCAAUGGUUUAUCUAAAUAAUGUUUUAGAUAUUGAGGUAAAUGUUUUCAUUUCAUCUCUCUGCUGAUUCAUGGUCUGUAUUCCAGUAUAUCAAACAGUAUUUUCUGUGAAGGUGAGCGUACACCUCUGAAGAUUGACUUUAAUCAUCAACAUUUGAUAAAGUCUAAAAAAACUUUACAUCUGUUGACUUGAAUGUUUGUAAAUUUAAGACUAAAAACUGAUGAAUUCAACUGUGUUCUGUUCAAAUAAAGUUUUUCUCCUUUUUGAGAUUUUGUACACUUCACCAGUUACUCAUGUCUCUCAUUUUGCUGUUGGCAUUACAUGAUCACAAACCUUUCCUCUUUUUUUAUAGUUUCCCUGACCAAGUUGAAGGUGGAGUCAAGUUCUGCAGAGAUCUGUUCUGUGCAGCAGCAAAAAGUGAUCAAUGGACAGGAGGGAACACAGUGGAGCUGUUAUUAUCAGUGUGCAGAUAUGAGACUUUCCCCCAUUAUGACACAGGCGAUUCUGAUGAUGUUCAGUUCAGCGAUGAUUCACUGCUGGAUCUGUACUCCUCAAUUAAGACCUAUGAGAACAAAACAGGCUUGAGUGUCCUCCCUUCAGUUCAGUCUGUUUUCCAGUCAACUUCUUCAGUCUGGUCCUUAGACCUCUCAAAGAGAAAGACCUCCAUCCUCCUGGAAGUGCUGAAACUCCAAACUGAGAAGAAACAUAUCGAGCUGUGGUGGUGUUCAGAAGAAGAAGAUGAAGUGAUGGGUUUCCUUCAUUGUCUGCCCUAUAUCUCACAGCUCAGGUAAAUAAAUCUACUUCCUUAUAUUUUCUUUUGUAAAGAUCAUUUUCAGACUGAAGCAGCUCGUUUUGAUCCAGUUUAUCCGUCUUUGUGUUAAACAUUUGAUCAAAUAUCUCAGAAGUUUUUUCAGACAGUUUAUAAUCUGCUGCAGAGGUUUGAAUAAAUGUUGACUCCAAAAAACAACCAAGAUAAUUAGUCACUUUUAGUAAAUCUACUUUUACUUUUAGUAAAUCUACCUAAACAUUUCCUAACAGUUGAACUGCUUUCAGCUGGCCCACAGGUAUUUGUAAGUUUGGAGCAGAUUAACCUUCAUGACAUAUUACUACUUUUCCUCCUCAUCAUCAUGUCAUGCUGAACUUUUGUCACUUUUUUGUCAGUAUCUAUGAACUUUUGUUUGUUUUUGAUCGUCUUUGAUUCAUAGAAAUCUGAAUAUCAUUUAACAGGACCUGUCUAUUUUUCUGCUGUGAGCAUGAAUCCUAACAAAGUUUUACCACUUCAGUUUCAGUUUCUGGUCUGGAGAUGACGUCAAGUUCUGUGGGAGUCUGUUCUGUGCAGCAGCAAAUGAGGAGAAACAACUGGAGAUGUUAUUGUCAGUGUGCAGAUAUGAGACAUUCCCCUUUCAUGCAUAUGACUCGACACUCUACCCGGUUGGUUUCCUGCUGGAUCUGUACUCCUACAUUACAAAGUCAUCAACCUACAAAGGAUUAAGUGUCCUCCCUUUAGUUCAGUCUUUUUUCCAGUCAACUCCUUCAGUCUGGUACAUAGACCUCUCAGAGAGAAAGCCCUCUAUCCUCCUGGAAGUGCUGAAACUCCAAACUGAGAAGAAACAUGUGGAGCUAAAAGGUUAUCCUAAUAAGAUAAGUGAAGUGAAGAUUUUCCUCCUGUGUCUACCCCACAUCUCCGACCUCAGGUAAAAGAAGUUUUUCUAAUUUUUGAGAUUUUAUACACUUCACCAGUUACUCAUGUCUCUCAUUUUGCUGUUGGCAUUACAUGAUCACAAACCUUCCCCCUUUUUUUAUAGUUUUCCUGACCAAGUUAAAGGUGGAGUCAAGUUCUGCAGAGUUCUGUUCUGUGCAGCAACAGAGAGUGAUCAAGAGACAGGAGGGAACACAGUGGAGAUGUUGUUAUCAGUGUGCAGAUAUGUGACUUUCCCCCACCAUGACACAGACAAUUCUGAUGAUUUUCAGUUCAGCGAUGAUUCACUGCUGGAUCUGUACUCCUCAAUUAAGACCUAUGAGGACAAAACAGGAUUGAAUUUCCUCUCUUUAGUUCAGUCUGUUUUCCAGUCAACUCCUUCAGUCUGGUCCAUAGACCUCUCAGAGAGAAAGACCUCCAUCCUCCUGGAAGUGCUGAAACUCCAAACUGAGAGGAAACAUGUGGAGCUGAAAGAUUAUCCAGAUGAUGAAAGUGAAGUGAAGAUUUUCCUUCAGUGUCUGCCUCACAUUUCUGACCUCAGGUAAAAGAAGUUUCUCCCACACAUCAGUUUUCACCUGUUAGCCUGUUCACCUGUGUUUAAAUCAGCUUACUGUUUGAUUGAAAGUUAAAAUAAUGAAGAGUAAUUAUCCAGAGAGUGCAUGAGAGGUUUAUUAGUAACAGCUAAAUAUAAAACUAGACCCCAAAUAAAUACUAUCAGACAAUGACACAGUUCUCAGUCUGAGCAAUAACAACAAUUAUUCCAAACUCAUCAUUAUUAUCACCUUUGUCUGUUUAUUCAACAUUGUUUUCUUCAUGUUAUUAAUACAAUCUCAGCAGUUAAUGCUCAUGAGCAAACAUAACUACUCAUAUGUUAAAUAGAUGGUUUUUAAUUCUUGGUUUGUUCCUUUUUUUCUAAAUAUUUUGUAAUAAUCAUGUUUUAAACAUCACUGACAGACACCAUUUUUACUUCAUGUCUUUUUUUAUCAUCUUUUAAUGAAAACACUUUUUAAAAAGUUGUGUUCUGGAUCUUUUACCAUCAUACAAACUCUUUGUACAAAAGCAAUGGUGUCAUUGAGUUCAUGGGUAUUUAAUAAUCUGACUGAUGUUUUAGAUAUUUGGGUAAAGGUUUUCAUUUAAUCUCUUUGAUGAUUCAUGAUCUGUAUCCUAGUAUAUCAAACAGUGUUUUUAUGUAAAGGUGAGCGUACACCUCUGAAGAUUGACUUUAGUCAUCAACAUCUGAUGAAGGCUACAAAUCUCUACAUCUGUUGACUUGAAUGUUCAGAUAUUUAGGACUAAAAACUGAUGAAUUCAACUGUGUUCUGUUCAAAUGAAGUUUUUCUCCUUUUAGAGAUUUUAUACACUUCACCAGUUACUCAUGUCUCUCAUUUUGCUGUUGGCCUUACAUGAUCACAAACCUUUCCCCUUUUUUCUAUAGUUUCCCUGACCGAGUUGAAGGUGGAGUCAAGUUCUGCAGAGAUCUGUUCUGUGCAGCAGCAAAGAGUGAUCAAGAGACAGGAGGGAACACAGUGGAUCUGUUAUUGUCAGUGUGCAGAUAUGAGACUUUCCCCCGUGAUGACACAGACAAUUCUGAUGAUUUUCAGUUCAGAGAUGAUUCACUGCUGGAUCUGUGCUCCUCAAUUAAGACCUAUGAGAAGAAAACAGGCUUGAUUGUCCUCCCUUCAGUUCAGUCUGUUUUCCAGUCAACUCCUUCAGUCUGGUUCGUAGACUUUUCAGAGAGAAAGACCUCCAUCCUCCUGGAAGUGCUGAAACUCCAAACUAAGGAGAAACAUGUGAAGCUGAAAGAUUAUCCAUAUUAUGAAAGUGAAGUGAAGAUUUUCCUCCAGUGUCUGCCUCACAUUUCUGACCUCAGGUAAAAGAAGUUUCUCCCACACAUCAGUGUUCACCUGUCAGGCUGUUUACCUUUGUUUAAAUCAGCUGACUGUUUGACUGAGGGUAAAAAUAAUGAAGAGUAAUUAUCCAGAGAGUGCAUGAGCGGUUGUGUAGCUCAAUUGAAGUUGACUCAUUUGGACAAAGGAAAAGUUCGUUUACUUGUAUAAAUUUCUGAAGGACCACUAUAUCAUGUUAUAACAUUUGUAAAAAAUCAAAAAUGCUAAAAACUUUGUAUCCAGAGUUUCAGCCUCUGAAACAAACUGAGGAUUUAUUAUCAGUCGCAGGAUUUCUUCGAGUAAGUAAAUGAACUGUCACUGAAUUAAACGUUGGAAACCUCUUUUUGUCUGAUGGAGGAACGAGUAAUUCAGCUCAUGAGAUUUGUAAGCCUCUUUGAAACACAUCUGCUGUAAACCAUCAUCAAACUGAGGUAUUUGUUUCAUGAGGGGGACAUGUUUGAUGCAGCUUUUCUAUAAAAAGAAGAAACAGAUAACAAACUAGUCACCAUAAAAGAGCUAAUUAUGAAACUAGACCUCAAAUAAAUACUAUCAAUCAAUGACACAGUUCUCAGUCUGCACAAUAACAACAAUGAUUCCAAACUCAUCAUUAUUAUCACCUUUGUCUGUUUAUUCAACAUUGUUUUCUCAUUUUGUUUUGGUAAAGGUUUUCAUUUAAUCUCUUUGAUGAUUCAUGAUCUGUAUCCUAGUAUAUCAAACAGUGUUUUUAUGUUAAGGUGAGCGUACACCUCUGAAGAUUGACUUUAGUCAUCAACAUCUGAUGAAGGCUACAAAAACUUUACAUCUGUUGACUUGAAUGUUCAGAAAUUUAGGACUAAAAACUGAUGAAUUCAACUGUGUUCUGCUCAAAUGAAGUUUUUCUCCUUUUUGAGACUUUGUACACUUCACCAGUUACCCAUGUCUCUCAUUUUGCUGUUGGCCUUACAUGAUCACAAACCUUUCCUCUUUUUUUAUAGUUUUCCUGACCGACUUGAAGAUGGAGUCAAGUUCUGUAGAGAUCUGUUCUGUGCAGCAGCAAAAAGUGAUCGAGAGACAGGAGGGAACACAGUGGAGCUGUUAUUAUCAGUGUGCAGAUAUGAGACUUUCCCCCGUCAUGACACAGACAAUAAUGAUUUUAUCAUCAAUGAGUCACUGCUGGAUCUGUACUCCUCAAUUAAGACCUAUGAGAACAAAACAGGCUUGAGUUUCCUCCCUUCAGUUCAGUCUGUUUUCCAGUCAACUCCUUCAGUCUGGUCCAUAGACCUCUCAGAGAGAAAGACCUCCAUCCUCCUGGAAGUGCUGAAACUCCAAACUGAGAGGAAACAUAUAAAGCUGUGCAGGUGUUCAGCAGAAGAAGAUGAAGUGAUCGGUUUCCUUCAUUGUCUGCCCUAUAUCUCACAGCUCAGGUAAAUAAAUCUACUUCCUCAUAUUUUCUUUUGUGAAGAUGAUUAUCAGACUGAAGCUGCUCGCUUAGAUCCAGUUCAUCCUUCUUUGUGUGAAACAAUCAUCAAAUAUUUAAGGAGUUGUUUCAGCCAGUUUAUGAACUGCUGCAGAGGUUUGAGUUAUUAUUGACUCCAAAAAACAACCAAGUUGAUUAGUCACUUUUAGUAAAUCUGCCUAAAUGAAAAAACCAACAUUUCCCAACAGUUGAACUGUGUUCAGCUGGCCCACAGAUAUUUGUAAGUUUGGAGCAGAUUAACCAUCAUGACAUAUUACUACUUUUCCUCCUCAUCAUCAUGUCCUGACAAACUUUUGUCACUUUUUUGUCAGUCUCUUUGAACUUUUGUUUGUUUUUGAUUGUCUUUGAUUCAUAGAAAUCUGAAUAUCACUUAACAGGACCUGUCUAUUUUUCUGCUGUGAGCAUGAAUCCUUACAGAGUUUUACAACUUCAGUUUCAGAAAAAAUGACUGGUCUGAAGAUACAGUCAGGUUCUGUGGGAGUCUGUUCUGUGCAGCAGCAAAUGAGGAGGACCAACUGGAGAUGUUAUUGUCAGUGUGCAGAUAUGAGACAUUCCCUUGUGCUGACUUUGCGGAUAUUCGAGAAAUUAAGGACAACCAGUGUGAUUUCCUGCUGGAUCUAUACUCCUACAUUAAGGAGUCCAUAACCUACAAAGGCUUGAGUUUCCUCCCUUCAGUUCAGUCUUUUUUUCGGUCAACUCCUUCAGUCUGGUCCAUAGACCUCUCAAAGACAAAGACCUCCAUCCUCCUGGAAGUGCUGAAACUCCAAACUGAGAAGAAACAUGUGAAGCUGAAAGAUUAUCCAUAUUAUGAAAGUGAAGUGAAGAUUUUCCUUCAGUGUCUUCCUCGCAUCUCUGACCUCAGGUAAAUGAAGUUUCUCCCACACAUCAGUGUUCACCUGUCAGGCUGUUUACCUUUGUUUAAAUCAGCUGACUGUUUGACUGAGGGUUAAAAUAAUGAAGAGUAAUUAUCCGGAGCGUGCAUGAGCGGUUCUUUAGCUACAGUUAGAAAUAAAACUAGACCUCAAACAAAUACUUUUAAACAAUGACACUGUUCUGGAUCUUUAACCAUCAUACAAACUCUUUGUACUAAAGCAAUGGUGUCAUUGAGUUCAUGGGUGUUUAAUAAUCUGAUUUAUGUUUUAGAUAUUUGGGUAAAGGUUUUCAUUUCAUCUCUCUGCUGGUUCAUGAUCUGUAUCCUAGUAUAUCAAACAGUGUUUUUAUGUGAAGGUGAGCGUACACCUCUGAAGAUUGACUUUAAUCAUCAACAUUCGAUAAAGGCUACAAAAACACGACAUCUGUUGACCUGAAUGUUUGAAAAUUUAAGACAAAAAACUGAUGAAUUCAACUGUGCUCUGUUCAAAUAAAGUUUUUCUUCUUUUGAGAUUUUAUACACUUCACCACUUACUCAUGUCUCUCAUUUUGCUGUUGGCCUUACAUGAUCACAAACCUUUCCUCUUUUUUUAUAGUUUUCCUGACCGACUUGAAGGUGGAGUCAAAUUCUGCAGAGAUCUGUUCUGUGCAGCAGCAAAGAGUGAGCGAGAGACAGGAAGGAAAAAACUGGAGCUGUUAUUUUCGGUGUGCAGAUAUGAGACUUUCCCCCUUCAUGACACAGACAAUUCUGGUGAUUUUAUCAUCAAUGAUUCACUGCUAGAUCUGUACUCCUCAAUUAAGACCUAUGAGAAGAAAACAGGCUUGAGUGUCCUCCCUUCAGUUCAGUCUGUUUUUCAGUCAACUCCUUCAGUCUGGUCCAUAGACCUCUCAAAGACAAAGACCUCCAUCCUCCUUGAAGUUCUGAAACUCCAAACUGAGAAGAAAGAUAUCGUGCUGUGGAGGUGUUCAGAAGAAGAAGAUGAAGUGAUGGGUUUCCUUCAUUGUCUGCCCUAUAUCUCACAGCUCAGGUAAAUGAAUCUACUUCCUUAUAUUUUCUUUUGCAAAGAUCAUUAUCAGACUGAAGCAGCUCGUUUUGAUCCAGUUUAUCCGUCUUUGUGUGAAAGAUCUAAUCAAAUAUAAAAGAUAGUUUUUUUCAGACAGUCUAUAAACUGCUGCAGAGGUUUGAGUUAUUGUUGACUCCAAAAAACAACCAAGAUAAUUAGUCACUUUUAGUAAACUGCCUAAAUGAAAAACCAACAUUUCCCAACAGUUGAACUAUGUUCACUUUGGAGCAGAUUAACCAUCAUGACAUAUUACUACUUUUCCUCCUCAUCAUCAUGUCCUGACAUACUUUUGUCACUUUUUUGUCAGUCUCUUUGAAUUUUUGUUUGUUUUUGAUCGUGUUUGAUUCAUAGAAAUCUGAAUAUCACUUAACAGGACCUGUCUAUCUUUCUGCUGUGAGCACGAAUCCUAACAAAGUUUUACCACUUCAGUUUCAGUUUUGAUGACUGGUCUAGAGAUGGAGUCAAGUUCUGUGGGAGUUUGUUCUGUGCAGCAGCAAGUGAGGAGGACCAACUGGAGAUGUUAUUGUCAGUGUGCAGAUAUGAGACAUUCCCUUGUGUUGACUUUGAGGAUAUUGAAGAUAUUGAGGACAACCAGUGUGAUUUCCUGCUGGAUCUAUACUCCUACAUUAAGAAGUCCAUAACCUACAAAGGCUUGAGUGUCCUCCCUUCAGUUCAGUCUUUUUUCCAGUCAGCUGCUUCAGUCUGGUCCAUAGACCUCUCAAAGACAAAGACCUCCAUCCUCCUGGAAGUGCUGAAACUCCAAACUGAGAGGAAACAUGUGAAGCUGAAAGAUUAUCCAUAUGAUGAGAGUGAAGUGAAGAUUUUCCUCCAGUGUCUGCCUCACAUCUCUGACCUCAGGUAAAAGAAGUUUCUCCCACACAUCAGUGUUCACCUGUCAGGCUGUUUACCUUUGUUUAAAUCAGCUGACUGUUUGACUGAGGGUUAAAAUAAUGAAGAGUAAUUAUCCAGAGAGUGCAUGAGCGGUUGUGUAGCUCAAUUGAAGUUGACUCAUUUGGACAAAGGAAAAGUUUGUUUACUUGUAUAAAUUUUCUGAAGGACCACUAUAUCAUGUUAUAACAUUUGUAAAAAAUCAAAAAUGCUACAAACUUUGUGUCCAGAGUUUCAGCCUCUGAAGCAAACUGAGGAUUUAUUAUCAGUCACAGGAUUUCUUCGAGUUAGUAGAUGAACAGCCACUAACCUCUGAUUGAGGAACGAGCAAUUCAGCUCAUGAGAUUUGUAAGCCUCUUUGAAACACAUCUGCUGUAAACCAUCAUCAAACUGAGGUAUUUGUUUCAUGAGGGGGACAUGUUUGAUGCAGCUUUUCUAUAAAAAGAAGAAACAGAUAACAAACUAGUCACCAUAAAAGAGCUAAUUAUGAAACUAGACCUCAAAUAAAUACUGUCAAACAAUGACACAGUUCUCAGUCUGUGCAACAACAACAAUGAUUCCAAACUCAUCAUUAUUAUCACCUUUGUCUGUUUAUUUAACAUUGUUUUCUUCAUGUUAUUAAUACAAUCUCAGCAGUUAAUGCUCAUGAGCAAACAUAACUGCUCAUAUGUUAAAUAGAUAGUUUUUAAUUCUUGGUUUGUUCCUUUUUGUUCUAAAUAUUUUGUAAUAAUCGUGUUUUAAACAUCAGCGUCAGACACCAUUUUUACUUCUUGUCUUUUUUUUAUCAUCUUUUAAUGAAAACACUUUUUAAAAAGUUGUGUUCUGGAUCUUUUACCAUCAUACAAACUCUUUGUACAAAAGCAAUGGUGUCAUUGAGUUCAUGGGUGUUUAAUAAUCUGAUUUAUGUUUUAGAUAUUUGGUUAAAGGUUUUCAUUUAAUCUCUCUGCUGGUUCAUGGUCUGUAUCCUAGUAUAUCAAACAGUGUUUUUCUGUAAAGGUGAGCGUACACCUCUGAAGAUUGGCUUUAGUCAUCAACAUUUGAUAAAGGCUACAAAAACUUUACAUCUGUUGACUUGAAUGUUUGAAAAUUUAGGACUAAAAACUGAUGAAUUCAACUGUGUUCUGUUCAAAUAAAGUUUUUCUCCUUUUUGAGAUUUUGUACACUUCACCAGUUACUCAUAUCUCUCAUUUUGCUGUUGGCAUUACAUGAUCACAAACUUUUCCCCUGUUUUUUUUUUUCAGUUUUUCUGAGGAACUUGAAGGUGGAGUCAAGUUCUGCAGAGAUCUGUUCUGUGCAGCAGCAAAGAGUGAUCAAGAGACAGGAGGGAACACAGUGGAGCUGUUAUUGUCAGUGUGCAGAUUUGAGACUUUCCCCCUUCAUGACACAGACAAUUCUGAUGAUUUUCAGUUCUGGGAUGAUUCACUGCUGGAUCUGUUCUCCUCAAUUAAGACCUAUGAGAAGAAAACAGGCUGGAGUGUCCUCCCUUCAGUUCAAUCUGUUUUCCAGUCAACUCAUUCAUUCUGGAUCAUAGACCUCUCAAAGACAAAGACCUCCAUCCUCCUGGAAGUGCUGAUACUCCAAACUGAGGAGAAAGAUAUCGAGCUGUGGAGCUGUUCAGAAGAAGAAGAUGAAGUGAUGGGUUUCCUUCAGUGUCUGCCCUAUAUCUCACAGCUCAGGUAAAUAAAUCUACUUCCUCAUAUUUUCAUUUGUAAAGAUGAUUAUCAGACUGAAGCAGCUCAUUUUGAUCCAGUUUAUCCGUCUUUGUGUUAAACAUUUGAUCAAAUAUAAAAGAUAGAAGUUUUUUCAGCCAGUUUAUAAUCUGCUGCAGAGGUUUGAGUUAUUGUUGACUCCAAAAAACAACCAAGAUAAUUUGUCAUUUUGAAUAAAUCUUUAUAAAUGAAUGAAUCAACAUUUCCUAACCACCAAAUCAGUUUAUUUAUUAAGGAAAAGGAGACUACUUUGAAGCAGCUAACAUGGUGACAAAUAAAUCACAUGAAAGAGCUCAAAUACUAAAAUCAAUGACUGUUAUUGAUAAAUGAUUUAAAAAUCUGUUUUUAAUUAGUUGAAACUUGAGUCAGUUAAUAAACAGAAGCUUGAACUCGAUGAAGUUGAGUUAGUUGAAUAAAAUGUAGAAAGAUCAAAGUUGAACUCCAGUCCUCAUGGUGUGAGAUGAUUGAUUCUUUGGUUGAUUGGUGAAGGUUUGCUUUUGGUCAUCCUGCUGGUUGGUGAACUUUAUCCCAGUAAAUCAAACAGUCUCUCUUUUUUUUUGUAUUCAAAGUGGAGGAAACACCUUUGUAGACAGAAUCCAGCCCUCAGGCUUUUUGUUGAGAGUUUCAUAUGUGACAGUUUGAUCAAAAUGAUCAGAAUCUUCCUCUAUUCAAAGUAACUUUUUUUUUUAUUAUAUCAGUUUAACUGUGUUCAGCUGGCCCACAGAUAUUUGUAAGUUUGGAGCAGAUUAACCAUCAUGACAUAUUACUACUUUUCCUCCUCUUCAUCAUGUCAUGAUGAACUUUUGUUUGUUUUUGAUUGUCUUUGAUUCAUAGAAAUCUGAAUACCACUUGGCGGAACCUGUCUAUUUUUCUGCUGUAAACAUGAAUCCUGACAUAGUUUUACCACUUCAGUUUCAGUUUUGAUGACUGGUCUGGAGAUGACGUCAAGUUCUGUGGGAGUCUGUUCUGUGCAGCAGCAAAUGAGGAGGGACAACUGGAGCUGUUAUUGUCAGUGUGCAGAUAUAAGACAUUCCCUUGUGUUGACUUUGCGGAUAUUAAAGAUAUUGAGGACAAUCAGUGUAAUUUCCUGCUGGAUCUAUACUCCUACAUUAAGAAGUCCACAACCUACAAAGGCUUGAGAUUCCUCCCUUCAGUUCAGUCUGUUUUCCAGUCAACACUUUCAGUGUGGUCCGUAGACCUCUCAGAGAGAAAGACCGCCAUCCUCCUGGAAGUGCUGAUACUCCAAACUGAGAAGAAACAUGUGAAGCUGCACGGCUGUUUAGCAGAAGAAGAUGAAGUGAUCGGUUUCCUUCAUUGUCUGCCCUAUAUCUCACAGCUCAGGUAAAUAAAUCUACUUCCUCAUAUUUUCUUUUGCAAAGAUCAUUAUCAGACUGAAGCAGCUUGUUGUGAUCCAAUUCAUCCUUCUUUGUGUGAAACAAUCAUCAAAUAUUUAAGGAGUUGUUUCAGCCAGUUUAUAAACUGCUGCAGAGGUUUGAGUUGUUGUUGACUCCAUAAAAACAACCAAGAUGAUUAGUCACUUUGAAUUAACCUGCCUAAAUGAAAGAACCAACAUUUUCUAACGUGGAGGAAACACCUUUGUAGACAGAAUCCAGUCCUCAGGCUUUUUGCUGAGAGUUUCAUUUGUGACAGUUUGAUCAAAGUGAUCUGGAUCUUCUUCCAUCCAAACGAGUAACUUCAGUUUUUCAUUAUAUCAGUUUAACUGUGUUCAGCUGGCCCACAGAUAUUUGUAAGUUUGGAGCAGAUUAACCAUCAUGAAAUAUUACUACUUUUCCUCCCCCUCAUCACGUCAUGAUGAACUUUUGUCACUUUUUUGUCUGUAUCUAUGAACUUUUGUUUGUUUGUAAUUGUCUUUGAUUCAUAGAAAUCUGAAUAUCACUUGACGGAACCUGUCUAUUUUUCUGCUGUGAGCAUGAAUCCUAACAAAGUUUUACCACUUAAGUUUCAGUUUUGAUGACUGGUCUGGAGAUGUCGUCAAGUUCUGUGGGAGUCUGUUCUGUGCAGCAGCAAAUGAGGAGGAACAACUGGAGCUGUUAUUGUCAGUGUGCAGAUAUGAGACAUUCCCCUUUCAUUGCAUGAGGGAUACAGACCAAUGUAGUUUCCUGCUGGAUCUGUACUCCUACAUUGUGACCUAUGAGAAGAAAACAGGCUUGAGUGUCCUCCCUUCAGUUCAGUCUGUUUUCCAGUCAACUCCUUCAGUGUGGUCCAUAGACCUCUCAAAGACAAAGACCUCCAUCCUCCUGAAAGUUCUGAAACUCCAAACUGAGGAGAAACAUGUGAAGCUGCAUGGCUGUUUAGAAGAAGAAGAUGAAGUGAAGAGUUUCCUCCAGUGUCUGCCCUAUAUCUCACAGCUCAGGUAAAUAAAUCUACUUCCUUAUAUUUUCUUUUGUAAAGAUGAUUAUCAGUCUGAAGCAGCUUGUUGUGAUCCAGUUUAUCCAUCUUUGUGAUAAACAUUUGAUCAAAUAUCUAAGAGAAGUUUUUUCAGCCAGCUUACAAACUGCUGCAGAGGUUUGAAUAAAUGUUGACUCCAUGAAACAACCAAGAUAAUUAGUCACUUUGAAUGAAUCUGCAUAAAUGAAAGAACCAACAGAUCCUAACCAUCAACCAAGAUCAAUGACUGUUAUUGAUGAAUGAUUUAAAAAUCUGUCUUUAAUUAGUUGAAACUUGAGUCAGUUAAUAAACCGAAGCUUGAACUUGAUGAAGUUGAGUUAGUUGAAUAAAAUGUAGAAAGAUCAAAGUUGAACUCCAGUCCUCAUGGUGUGAGAUGAUUGAUUCUUUGGUUGUUUGGUGAAGAUUUGCUUCUGGUCAUUCUGCUGGUUGGUGAACUCUAUCCCAGUAAAUCAAACAGUCUCUCUUUCUCUCUUUUUUUAACUCUGUAUCAUUAAGAUGUAUUUGUGUUUCUAGAAAAAUAGUAAAACUAAUAAUUAUAAUAAUAAUAGUAAUAAUAAUAAUAAUAGCUAUAUCGUGGGUCUUUCAAAAUCAGUUUUUUUAUAUUCUUUGAUAUAUUUUUUCUAGUGCUCCUACAUCUUCUGUUUUCACCCUUUUUCUGAAUUGUCCUUUUUCAGCUGUGGUCCAGAGUUUUUCCAGAGCGUCUGUACAUCUGUCUCAGUCAGAUCCAAACAGGAGGCUGAGCAGGUGGCUUUCCUGCUGCAGCUGCUUGGGUUUAACCUUCAGUUAAAAGGAAAGUUGCUCAGUCAAACAUGCCGGUCUGUAGAACAAGUUCUUGAUCUUUGUGGUCCUAGUGUGGAUCUCAUCCUCACACUCCAAAAAAUAUCAGCUAGAGGCGCCUUACUUUUAUUCAGAAAAACAAGAAAACUACGCAGUCUGAGGUUUGUAUCAAACACUUACUGUCUUUUUCUUCAAACAAAACCAUAUUGAAUUUCCCCUCAGAGAUAAAUAAAGUUCUUCUUUAUUUAGAAAAGUUCUUCUCUUGUCUUCAUCCACCCUAAAUAUCUUUAUCAAACCUCAGACUUUCUCUCCAUGUGUUUAAUUUUCAGACUUUCCACUGACAUGGCCUUGACUCUUUCUCGGUGGGUGAAAAGAGGGAGAGUGGCCCCCCUGUCUGUUACUGAUGAGCUCUCUCUUGUCUCGGAGACAAUCCAACGUUCAGAGAGAGUAUGGCUGAAGGUUGUCAGUAGUUUGGCAUACCUGCUGAGACACUGGACAGUCAGACAGUUAGACCUGACCGAGUCCACGAUCCCUGCUCAGGCUCUGAUUCCACUACUGCUUCAUAACAGCCCUCUGACAAUCAAGUACGUGUUUUCCUGUAUCUCUGAAUCACUUAUUGGUGUGAUAAGAAAUAUGUAAUUGACUUUUUUAAGAUAUGACCACAUUUUUUCUUUCAACAGACUGAAUGAGAAGACUUUUGAGCUGCUACUUAACAUCCUCAAUGAAACUCAGGAUGAGAAUUUGACCAGGUCUUUCUUAAGUAAGAUCAAUGGAGACCUGACCCCCUUUUCUCUGAACUGGGAGCUUCUGCAUUUUCUUUUGCAGCAGUCUUCACCUCAGAUUUUGACUGUGAACAUGAGGGAAAACAGCUUCCCAGAGAGGAGCUUCGCAUAUCUGCUUCCUGAUCUGGACAGGGUUGUAUUUGAAAGGUUGGUUUGUUUACCUUGAUUAAAAGUUCAUUCUUAUCAUUAACCUCUGGUUUUGUGUGGCUUGUCUUCUCCAACAGUUCUUUUAAAACUUUAUAUUUAUUAAUUUGAAUCUAUUACAAAAUACAAAUAAAGAAACGAGCACAGACCAACAAUGAAAAAAAAUUCUGUUCAGAACAGGAAAAACAGAUUAAGGCGAUGGGUCACAUUGGUUUCUGAGGUACAGUUAAAGAGUCCAUAUCCUUGUCAGGGGAAUUGCUCUCUUCAUUGUUUCGUCAUCUGCUGCCAGGAUGGUCUGUGGAGAACUUGUGUUCAGUAGUCUGAUUUCAAUGCGCUAUCUUUCCUGAGGUGGUUAAUGUGAACCAUUUGUGAUUUAAAAGUUGGCGUUUGAAGGGGGAGCAAAGACUUAAUCAGAGUAAUUACCUUUCUUUGUAGACUAAGGGUCAUAUACAUGACAUGGUUUGUCUCUACACACAAAAGUUAUAAGCCUUUACUUCUUCUGGCUUUGUGCAUGAGUGCAUUUAAAGUUUGAAUCCUUUGAAUUGUUCCAUAAAUGAAACUCCUGCUAAUAUACUUUCAGGCCCUCUUCCAGCUUUGUGCUGACUGUCAUCAGAGAGAUCUACAAAGCUCGAGCCAGUUCCAUUAUACCCGGUUUACUGAGGUCAUGUGAUGAUGUGAUCAACUUGACCUGCAAACAGUUGAACUCGGAGGACUGUGCUGCUCUACUCUACACCCUCGAACACAGUGAUGGAGUUAAGCUGAACCUCCUGCGGACUCUCAUACCACCAGGGGAAAUCAACUUGAUCCUCUCUGUGCUGAACAAAGUUUCUCAUCUCAGGUCAGACAUUAAUGCAGAUAUGCAUCUAUUUUUUUUGUCAACAAUGUGUUAAUGAAUAAAUUCUCCCACAGUGUUGACAGGAAGCUGCUGCUGGAAAUUUUGCACAGCUGUGCUGCCUCUGAUGCUGUGGAGGAGAAAGCCGUCAGUCUGCUGAGAGCUCUGCAGCACAGGUUGGAUCUGUCAUGCUCCUCUUGUGUGGAGAUGUCAGAGGAGGGUCAGAGUGAGACUUUCUGUCUGACUGUUGCAGACUGUCGGGUCAUCUCCACCGUCCUGAGGUACAGCAGCCAGGACACAGAACUCAAUCUGCAGGACUGUGUGGUGGAGUCCAGUGGACUGGACCUGCUGUCAUCUGUCCUAAACAGAGUCAAGCUCAGGUGGGGAACCAAAAAAUAACCAAGACCAUGGCUUUAGCUGAAACAGCUUUUUUGACCCAUUUUCACACUCUUAACACCCUGUUCUUUGCUUUUUUUUCUCCUGCAUAGAGCAAGCAAAGUUGUUGUCCUCCAGCUGAUGUCAAUGUUGGACGAUGAGUUUGACGGGUGGAGUCGGGCUGAGUCCCUUCAUAGAGCCCUGGGUGGAGAGCUGAAUUUCAGUCACACUAAACUGGACCAGAAGGCGUGUGAAAGUUUGGCCCUGAUGCUGGACUUUGUUGAGGAGGUGACGGAGCUCGACCUUAGUCACUGCCGGCUAACUGACCAGCUGCUGUGCACACUCAUCAAGUCUCUGCACAAAGUGAAAGUCCUUGAGUGAGUUCAUUAAAGAAACAAUUAUGUAACUCAGUGUCAGCUAGAGCAGGAGUGGGUGAGUGAGGCAAUAAUGUAGAAAUACAAUACAAGGAUUAAUCAUGAAAACAGACAUCUUAUCAUGGUCUUUAUCAUCUUUGGAGAAAUCAGUGAAUAAGAGGCGAGACAAUUUUAGGGUCAAAUGUUUAUGAAUUCUGUCGAAACACUGACCUCUGAUCGGUGCCAACUCUGAUGACCAACAAAGAUGAAGACAGCACAUGCACCUGCAGAAUCCUCCAUCAUGAAAUGUCUGUUCCAAGAUUAUAAAAUAUUUAUCAAGAAAAAAUAAGAUGUGAGGACCCACAUACAGGAGAAAAUGUCCUCAAUCAUUGAUUGGCAUUGACACAAGUUUAAGGUGCAAAUAACUGAGCUGUGUUCACUUGACAGUUCAUCAAGCCGCAGAGUCAGUAGACUUUAAUAACAAUCAUAAUGAUAAUGAUAAACAUCUGUUAAAAAUAGGAGGCUGGUAAAGUGAAGUGUUUAUCAGACUGAAGGAAAGAAGCCAACCUUCUGUGUAAGUUGUUUUUGUUAUAUUUACUUAAGAGGUCAGUUUGUCAGAGUAGGUCUUAGCGAUUACACUUGAACUUGAUCCAUGAUUGUUUUGUGCUUGUGAAAAACCAACAUCACUUACACCAGCAGCAGACUGAAAUGAUGUUUCACUUCUUUGUUUGUGUGUUUUUCACAGUCUGAGUCACAAUAGGAUCACUGGUGCAUCAACAUCCAUGUUGCUCGAACUGAUCUCCAACGACUCCUGUACUGAGACAGUGCGGUGAGCAUGGAUACAUUUUCCUUUAUGCAGACAUUUAAAGUAGGGCUGCACAAUAUACUGUUUGAGCAUCGUCAUCGUGAUGUACGUGUGCGUGAUAGUCACAUACAGAGCCUGUCGGAGGCAAAUGAACUCAUCAAAUUUCAAGGGUAGCUGACUGAGAUACGCUACAUGUGACUCUGUAUGUGCUGUGCAGCGAUCCACCAAUCACAUUCGUUCUUUAUUCAGUUGCCAAUCAGGCUACCCUGCCAGCUGUCAAUCAAAAUCAGAGAAAACGCAGAAAAUCAAACGCAUGUCUGCUGAGAAUUACUUUUGGAAGAUUACUCAUCACUGAUUAGCUCCACAAGUAAGAAUUGUAUGGGUUUUAAGUUGUACAUUUCUGUGGACCACUCCACUAUAAGUGGUGCGCAUUUCUGCGAGGUGCAUGCACUCCUCGGUGGACAUGUGUUUCUCGUCACAACACAGGUAACAACAAUGACUGCAAAAUGAGAAACAAAACAAGAGAAAACCACUGAGCAUGAAUACUUGUUGGUAAAAUGAGGAGGAAAGUCACUUACCGCAGAAGAUGAAUACUUGUUGGCAAAAAGAAAAGCAGAGUUACUUAUCAUCAAUUAUUUCGGUUACAAGAAGGAUGACGUCACCAAGCACCUGUUCUGUCAGCAGUGCCUUUCAUUCGUUGCCACAAGGAGAGCUAACAAGUCCUAGCACAAUAAAAUCAAGCUAAAAAUAUCUCUGAGAAAGACAGAAGUCAUUCUACUAACAUUCACUAAAAGAGGUAAGAUCAGUGCCGGUGAACUGUCCUCAAGAUUUCAGGAGUGGAGCAUAACAGAAAGUGCUGUUCAGGUCAUCUGGUGAAAAUUCCUCUGUUUUUUUCCAAUAUCAAGCAGCCUUAAUUUAAAGUGAUUUUCCGGCAGAUCAACCACUUAACAUUACAGCAUACUAAAUUUACAGUGGAUCUAGUUAUUCUGGCUGAAUGAGUGAUGUCUGCUCUCCCGGUCUUGUUUUUAUAUUUCUAGACUCUUGGGGAACACCAUUGUGGAUCAAACACCUUUUAAGGAGAACAAGCACUUUGCAAUCUGCUGAACUGGAUGUCCCUGUGGUGGUAAUGUGAUGCUCAGAGGAAAAAUGUUCGAUAAUCUCUGAAUCAUCUGUUGUUGAUGUACAUCCAGAUACGAAGAGGUAUGGAGAAGCACUACCUCUUUUUGUUUUGUAUUUUUUAAUGGUGUAGAUGACAGAAUUUCCUGAUAGUUAAGCAGAAGUCACAAACUUAACAUCAGAAAGAUUGUUCUGUCAGAAAUAUGAAGAAAUUUUACUUGAAUGGUGAAUGUCUUUAAGGUGAGGUUGAUACCUUUCUAAAUUUUA